AUGAGAGGUGGAAGCGUUUCAAACCGUCUUUUCAAUCUAUCUAUCCCUCCAAAUAUAUGUAUAAAUGUUGUAAAAUCUACAAGCUGCUCAGCAUCUUCUUCUAAUGGCUGGACUAGGGUCAUUGUUGAGAAGCCCUUCAGCCGAGACUCUGAAUCCUCUGCUGCUUUAACAAGAGGCUUAAAGGAGUACUUAGUGGAGGAUCAAAUUUUCAGAAUUGACCACUAUUUGGGGAAGGAACUAGUGGAAAAGCUUUCUGUUCUUCGUUUCUCCAAUCUUAUCUUUGAACCUUUAUGGUCAAGACAAUCCAUAAGGAAUGUUCAAUUUAUCUUCUCAGAAGACUUCGGUACUGAAGGACGAGGAGGGUACUUCAAAAGUUAUGGUAUUAUAAGAGACAUUAUGCAGAACCAUCUGCUUCAAAUACUAGCCCUUUUCGCCAUGGAGACUCCUGUCAGUUUGGAUGCUGAAGAUAUCAGAAAUGUAAAAGUUAUACGCUCAAUGAGGCCUUUGCAACUUGACAACGUGGUGGUCGGACAGUAUAAGAGUUGCACUAAAGGGGGGAUUAACUAUCCAGUCUACACAGAUGACGAGACAGUACCUAAAAAUAGCAUAACCCCAACAUUUGCAGCGGCUGCACUCUUUAUACAUAAUGCCAGAUGGGAUGGAGUUCCCUUUUUAAUGAAAGCUGGGAAAGCCUUACACACUAGAAGAGCUGAGAUCAGAGUACAGUUCAGGCAUGUUCCUGGUAAUUUGUACAAGAAGAAUUUUGGAAUGGAUCUGGACCGAGCAACAAAUGAACUUGUUAUCAGAUUACAGCCUGAUGAAGCUAUUUAUUUGAAAAUCAACAAAGAAGUCCCUGGUUUGGGCAUGAAGUUGGACCGCAGUAAUCUGAACCUUCAUUAUGCAGCAACAUACCUAUCUAAACUUCUGAAACCAACAGAUUCUGACAUAGUUACAAACUUUGUAACUCAGGGAUGAUUGAUUAAGAUGCUACUGUUAAUUUGUUUUAGAGUGCUCAGUCUGGUAAUUUUUGCAUCCUCGUUUGCACAUUAUACAAGUGUCAUCAUAUCUCCUGGACUUCGUUGUUAAGCUGAUGUUAAAUGAUUGCCCUCAGAUCUUUCGAGCUUUUAAAUAGCAUUGGUUAAGAACGUUGCCGUAAGAGAAGUGCGAUAAAUUGUAAAGCAUAUGUAGCUACCGUGUAAUAUCAUCUAAUUCAAGUGACUGUUGUUUUGGUAUGCUAAUGAGCAUUUUGUGCUGGUAUACAUAGAUAUUCCAAGGAGAUUCCAGAUUCUUACGAGAGACUGUUACUUGAUGCAAUUGAAGGAGAACGACAGUUAUUCACCAGGAGUGAUGAAUUGGAUGCUGCAUGGGCCCUCUUCACACCUCUACUGAAAGAGCUAGAGGAGAAGAAGAUAGUCCCCGAGUUGUAUCCUUAUGGCAGUUGAGGACCUGUUGGCGCUCAUUAUCUUUCAGCCAAGUACAAUGUUCAAUGGGGUGAUAUCAGUAGUGUGCAGACUGCCAGCAUGAGUGAAUUAGUGGUUGAGGCCACAAAACAUUUUUCACACAAAUCAUAGUAAGUCGCAACGUUCGACAAGUGUAAAAUGGAAUGAGAAUACAGUUUGACAGGUUAACUCUCUACAAAAUUGAGAUUGGUGGUGUUAUUAAAGGUGUAGCCAAAGAUAAUUUACUGAAGAAUACAGAAGUAAACGUUCUUUUCAGAUAUGUAACCAAAGCCAGUGGCUCUAUCUCUUUCUCUGAAGGUUACUGUUGUUGAAUUAUGAUGGUAGGCAAGAGAAUGAGCUGAGCUCUACAUGGGUGGGAAUGGGUAGGAAAUUUGUUUAGCCUUUUCUCUUUCUUCCUUUUGUAGCAGGUCCAACAAAGGGUACUUGCUUGGAUGAUUUAGAGCCACUAAGAAUAAA